CCUAUUUGUUUUUUUCCUUCCUCUCCGAUCUCACUCUCACUCUCACUCUCUCACUCUCGUUUUUCCCCCAACUCUCUCUCACUCUCUCUCUCUCUCUCUUUCUCAUCAGACAUGUCAUCGCAGCAGGACGCUGGCAUUCGCGACUUUUUCACUGGCCGUGGCGUGUUCAUCACUGGCGCGACCGGCUUUCUGGGCAAGGUGCUUCUCGAAAAGCUGCUCCGGAGCUCGCCCAGCUGCGGCAACGUCUACGUGCUCGUCCGUGGCAAGAAGGACGAGACUCCAGCGCAGCGCAUCAACGCAGUGCUCUCCGGCGAGCUGUUUGAUCGCCUUCGCGAGGAGCAGCCCGACUUUGCUGCAAAGGUCAUCCCGGUCAUUGGAGAUAUCAUGUUCCCGCAGCUCGGACUCUCGCACCAGGACCGCGACCUCAUCAUCAAGAACGUGAAUGUGGUGCUGCACUGCGCCGCCACCGUCUCGUUCAACGAGAAGCUGCGCAUCGCACUGGCCAUGAACGUUGUCGCUGUUCAGCGCUUGGUCGCGCUCGCGUCUUCGUGCCACCGUAUCGACGCGUUUGUUCACGUCUCGACCGCAUACGCAAACUGCGAUCGUGCCGAAAUUCUCGACCAGGUCUACCCGCCCGUCGCCGACCCUUACAAGCUGAUUGAGGCCACCAACUGGCUCGACGACGCGCAGCUGGAAGGCCUGACCGCUGGCCUCUUGGGAAAGCGACCCAACACGUACACGCUGACCAAGUCGCUUGGCGAGUACAUUCUGUGCCGCGAGGGACAGCACUUGCCAAUUUCCAUCUUCCGCCCGUCCAUUGUCGGCGCGAUCGCCAAGGACCCCCUUCCCGGCUGGACUGACAACCUCAACGGCCCCGGAGGUCUGUACCUGGCCUGUGGCAAGGGCGUCCUGCGCAUCAUGCGCGGUGACGAAGCGGCGGCCGCAGACAUUGUGCCCGUCGACUUUUGCGCCAGCAUGAUUCUCGCGAUUGCAUGGCGCACCGCGCGUCUGCACGAACGCCAGCCCGAGCACGCCGACGAGCACCUGGCGUCUUCCAAGGGUGAGCACCAACGCCGCGGGCGCCGAGCUGCACGCGCCAAGGAUGCCAACCUUCGACACAACCUGCUGGUGCACGCCCCUCACUCGUCAGAGGCGCUCUUUGACAUUCCCAGCACGUUCUCUGAGAGCUCUGUGUUUGCAUCUGCCUCGUCUGCACCAGAGCCCCCGGCCGAACCUCUGAAGCCGACCGUGUCUUACGUUCAGGUCUACCACUGCACGUCGGGCGACAAAAACCCGCUGUACUGGGCCAAAAACAACGAGUACGUUGCCGGUGCAUUCUCGCGCUAUCCUCUUGAGCAAGUCUUCCGACGACCUUCGUUCGCCCACACCAACAGCAGCACUCAGUACGCUGCGUGGGAGCUCAUCAGCCACACCAUUCCCGCCUACAUUGCCGACGGCGCGUCCUUCCUUGCCGGCAAGCGCCCUCGCAUGCGCCGUAUUUAUUACAAGCUUGGCAAGCUCAUGGAAGCGUACAAUUUCUUCACCUCCAACCACUGGCGAUGGGAGCAAACCAACACGGACGCCCUGCUGGCUGAAAUGCUGCCCGCUGAGCGCGAAACGUACAACUUUGACAUGCGCACCAUCGACUGGCGCUCGUACAUUGAGAUGUACUGCAUUGGCAUCAAGAAGUUUAUUCUUAAGGAAGACAUGUCGCGGCUGUGGGUUGCACGUCAGCAGCACCAAAGAAUGCGUGCCGUUCGAAUUGCUUGCACUCUCGCCCUGCUCGCCUUCGUACUUCGCGUCGUUUUCCGCUUUUUGCGCACGCGUGGCUUUGUCAAGGGCUCGUACACCAUGCUGAUGAACCCGUUCAGCUUUAUCAUGCUUUCCAUGAAGUCCCAGGGCAUGCUCAUGACUGGAAAGAGCUUCUAAGCUAUGGUCCUUAUUUGAUGCGAGUUGUGUUGUUGUUGCCCUGGCUCUGUUUUUGCCUCGCCUUUUUUUUCUUCUUUUUUUCAUUGUUUGGUGGCGGUACAGCCCACCAAUAUUCACGAUUAUCUUACUGUGCUGAUGUCCGUCUUGUUGUGCCUGCUGAAGCUGUUGUUUUGCAAUCUUGCAUUUUUUUUUUCCCGCUUUGUAUUCUUGUUUUGACCGUGUUUCGAGUUUGUUUCCGUGUUUGCCUGGAUUUGCUCCAAAAGGCCAACCAAACUCAAUCCUCAAAAAGUACCGACGAAAUGACUCAGAUAUAGACCC